UCUCCGGACUUCAGAUCCCAGGUUGCAAUGCGCCAUACGCAGGCUUGGUGCGGCCGAGCAUGCGCCCUUAGAGAUCCCGGGGGCAGGUGGGAUUCGCUUCCGGCAGCAGGCAGCCGGGCCAUGGCUGCUCUCCUCCGAGCCGUGCCACAGUUGCCGAGGCCAGCUGUGUGGGCGAGGCCUCUCUACGGGCUGCGGUGCUGCAAUAGGCAGGAUCCCAGGAGGUGGGUGGGGAGCAGGUUGCCCAUCUCGAAGGAGAAACCACCAGGCGUGGAGACAGAGAAAUUCCAGAUGGUCUACCGUUUUGAUGCCAUCAAAGCCUUCAGGUACUUGUCUCAGCUGAAGGUGGCACAGACGGCCCUGACAGUGGUGGCCCUGCCGCCUGGCUUCUACUGGUACUCCCAGGGCCUCAUGACUCUCGACUCCCUGUGCCUCGUGGGCGGGAUAUCUGGCUUUGCCCUGGCCAUGCUGUGCUGGAUGAGCUAUUUCUUCCGGAGGCUGGUGGGUAUCCUGUACGUGAACGAGACAGGCACCAUGCUGCGGGUGGCCCACCUGACCUUCUGGGGUUGGCGGCAGGACACAUAUUGCCCGGUGGCCGACGUGAUCCCCAUGACAGAAAGCCGGGACCGGCCCCAGGAGCUCUUCGUGCGGAUCCAGCGGUACAGUGGGAAGCAGACCUUCUACCUCACCCUGCGCUACGGACGCAUCCUGGACAGAGAGCGUUUCACGCAGGUGUUUGGGGUGCUGGACACGCUCAAGUGAGCAACUGGGCGUUGAGCUUCCGGGUAGUCCUGGGCCACCUGGAUCUCCGAUAAAGGGCUGAGGAUGUGAGUGAGGCCGAAGAAGGAGAUCUGGCAGCUGGGGACUUUGCCAGGGCCCUUGGGAACUUGUGUUUUGGGAUGAGGAAAUUCACGAGGCAGAUGCUAGUAACCCAAUUUGGGAAGGAGACCUCCCGUGCCCAUUUUUGCUGCACUGUAUAUGACAUUCAGUUAGGUAAUGGCCAGAAGUUUCUGUUAAGAGCCAGUUUUGGGGGGAAGCUAUGCCAGCUUCACUCAGAAGUACAGCGCUGUGAAAUGGGAAGACAGGUGUGGCGGGGGGAGCAAGGACUUGGGUUCCAUCCGGGGCGGGGAACUAACUGUGUCUCCGAACCUUGGUUUUCACAUUGUAAAAUGGAAAAUCCUGCCUGUCUCAUGGGAUGGGUGUGCGAAUAAACAAUAAAUGUCAAGUGUUUUGCAAACUCAAA